CGUGCGCGCCUCGGGCCCACUCAGACCUGGCCAUGGCGUCCGCGGAGCACGGCGGGGUGGCGAUCGUUGGCAGUGGACUCAUUGGGCGAAGCUGGGCUAUGCUGUUUGCAAGUGGAGGCUUCAAGGUGAAACUCUAUGAUGUUGAGCAACAGCAGAUAACAGAUGCCCUGGACAACAUCAGAAAGGAAUUGACCUUGCUGGGACAGUCAGGCUCUCUGAAAGGCUCCUUGAGUGCAGAAGAGCAGCUGGCCCUGAUCAGUGGGUGUUCUAAUAUCCAGGAAGCAGUAGAGGGCGCCCUGCACAUUCAGGAAUGUGUUCCAGAAAACCUAGAUCUGAAGAAGAUGAUUUUUGCUCAGUUGGAUGCCAUCCUCGAUGACAGAGUGGUCUUAAGCAGUUCCAGCUCUUGCCUCCUGCCUUCCAAGUUGUUUACUGGCUUGGUGCAUGUGAAACAGUGUAUUGUGGCUCAUCCUGUGAAUCCGCCAUACUACGUCCCUCUGGUUGAGCUGGUCCCACACCCAGAGACCGCCUCUGCCACAGUGGACAAAACCUAUGCUCUGAUGAAGAAGAUCGGACAGUGCCCAGUGCGACUCCUGAGGGAGGUGGACGGCUUUGCCCUGAACCGCCUGCAGUACGCGGUCAUCAGCGAGGCCUGGCGGCUGGUGGAGGAAGGAGUAGUGUCUCCUGUCGACCUUGACCUGGUCAUGUCAGAAGGGCUGGGCAUGCGAUAUGCGUUCAUCGGUCCCCUGGAGACAAUGCAUCUCAACGCAGAAGGUACGUUAAGCUACUGUGACAGAUACAGUGAAGGCAUGAAACGUGUCCUAAAGACUUUUGGACCCAUACCAGAGUUUUCCAGGGCCACGGCUGAGCUGGUUAACCAGGCCCUGUGCAGGAAGGUUCCUGAUGACCCAGAGCACUUAGCUGCCAGAAGGCAGUGGAGGGACGAGUGCCUCAUGCGACUCUCCAAGCUGAAAAGUCAGAUGCAGCCCCAGUGAUUGUCUUGUAAUGUGACUGCCACUCCUCUUGUUGGAAGUCCUAUGUGGGGAAAUUAGGAGCCCUUAAUCAGAUCUUCUGACAGAUUCGGAGCUGCUGGGCUGGGCCAGGUGGUCUCAGUUACUUUGGAUCUUAGCCCGGGGCUUGGAUGUUGCAGCAGCACUUGGGUUCUGAGAGUUGUGGAUUUCCUGCCACCUGGCAAAGUUUGAGGAUUAUCACCUUUUAUGUUCAGCAUGAUUACAUGUGGCUAUAUUUUAUCGCCAGUGAUCGUAGUUUCAUUUGAACCUAUGACAGAAUAUAUCCAUAAUUAUUUUCUGAUCUCUUUCUGAGUACUCUCUGGUCUUGCAUUUAUGAGGCAACUACUUUGAUUUUGUUAAUGAUUAUUCUGAAUAAAGCUUAUA